AUGCAGGUCUCGGAGGAUAAUGCAGAAAGGAAAAACGGGUCGGUCCCAGAAUCCAUCAUGACGCCAAAUUGGACAAUCAACGUAUCUGAGAUAAAGACGAUCAAGGUCAGCAACAUAUCUCCAAAUGUUUCGGACCGAGACGUUAGAGAGUUCUUUUCUUUCUCCGGUGAUAUCCAACACGUCGAAAUGAGAAGAGAAUCGGAAUCGUCGCAACUCGCGUAUGUCACUUUCAAAGAAGCGCAGGGUGCAGACACAGCAAUGCUUCUCUCGGGCGCUACCAUAGCUGAUCUUUGUGUUAGCAUAACGCCUGUUGAUGAUUACCAGCUCCCCCCAGAAGCUCUUCCCUCCACACCAGAGAAGAAACCAACCAUCGGCGGUGAUGCCAUCAAAAAGGCCGAGGACGUGGUGAGCUCGAUGCUCGCAGCGGGCUUCGUCCUCGGGAAGGAUGUGAUGGCAAGGGCCAAGGCCCUCGACGAGCAGCACCACUGGACGUCAAGCGCGUCCGCCACCGUCGCCUCGAUCGGUGGCAAGAUCGGCCUGGGUGAGAGGCUCGGUGCAGGGACCACAAUAGUCACGGGCAAGGUGAAGGAGAUGGACGAGCGGCUCCAUGUGUCUGAGAUGACGAGAUCGGCACUAGCGAUGGCCGAGCAGAUCAAGGCAGGCGGCUCGGCCGCAAACUCCAGCAUCAUGAGCAACCGGUACGUGUCGACCGGGGCAUCGUGGGUGUCGAGUGCUCUCGAGACAGUCGUUAAGGUGGCCGAGGACGUGAGCAACAUGACGAAGGAGAAGGUCGAGAAGGCCGAGGAGGGUAAAACGGUAAUUUUGGGCGAGGGAGAGGCUGGGAAGGGGGGUGAUGCUGUUGCAGCUACGCAUGUUCAUGUGGUUGGGUCUCCAGGAGGAGCUCCAAUCGUGCCACUUGAUUCUAGGGACACCAAACUUGGGAUUAUAUGA